AUGAAAUUAUGCGUGCGAAUGAAAACCUGCGAAGAAUUUAGAAAAAAUCUUCAUGACAUUAUAAUUAAACAAAUAUCUCGAAAUAAUGAGCCUGAAGAGGCAUAUAAAUGUGUUAAUACUUUAAAUAAAGUCGUAGGAAAUAUCAUCGAAUCGCCAUAUGAUGAAGCAAAACGCCAACUUAAAGAAAAUAAUAAGAUCGUGAAAUCCACCAUACGUGAAUCCUCACAAAUGAUGAAACAAUUGGAAAAAUUGGAAAUUGCAUUAGAAGAAUUUUUGAGAAAAUUCAAAGAACGUGCAAGAAUGAAGGAAAAAAUAGCUGAGGAAUCUCGAAAGGAAAUCGUCAAUGAUUUUAACAAUAAUAUUUUUAUCUUAAAUAUCGAAAUUAGUAAACAAAUAUUUAUUAUAGUCAAUAAUUCUAACUCAGCAACAAGGUGA